CAUCCGUCCGUACGCGACUGUGCGCGGUUCAGUCUUCAGUAGACGUCCGCACAUUCGAACCGCAACAUGACGCGAAUCCCAACCGCGUUAUCGCUGUUCCUUUUGCUGACCGCUGUGGCGGUCAGAACCCAACAGCAACAGAUUCCUUUCCUCACGGAAAUAUUUCCCGAACAGCUCGAACAGCAGCAACUUCAGUUCCAGCAGAACCAGGUGCAGGUACAGUUGCAGCAGGUGCAGCAGGCGCUGGAGGCCAAGCCUCAGGACCCAGGACUCCGGGAUUCACUGCUCCAGCAACAACAGCAGUUCGUGCUGAUGUUUCAGGACAUACAGCGGCAACAGCUGGUCCUCCAACAGAGAAUACAGGACAGGCUCAGAGGAGCACAAACCGUACCGCAGCCCGUGCAGCCCGUGCAGCCUGUACAGCAGCAGCAAGUGCAACCUGCACCGCAAGUCGAGGAACCAAUCAGAAAACCGUCUAACACCCAAGGAUUCUGCAGGACGGUGAAUGGUGAGUUGGGAACGUGCAGGCCACUGGUCAACUGUUUGUUGUUUUACGCCGAACUUCCCGAAUUCAAAAGACAACCGUGCAAGUUGGCAGUCAACGAAUUCGGCGUGUGUUGUCCUUCGAAAAACCUCAAUUCAGCCAACAUCCAACAGACGCCGACUACGACCACAGUUACGGGCGUGAUUAGAGCACCGCCACCGCCACCCGUCGAAAUACCGCCGUUCACAUCGGAACAGUUGAACAUAGCCGCGACAAACGCGUUGCAACGCCUAAACGAGCGACGAGUACUUGUUACGUCUCUGUUUACGAAACGGAUAUUGGUGCCUACAGGCAGCGCCGCAGCAUGGCACCAAGAGCUCUUCCCGACCACCAAUGAGACCCUCACAGAAGGGGAACAGGCCCAAAAAUCCGUGGAUGCUAGCGUUGGGCUUGUAAACGAUUUCAAUUUGACACGUGAACAAGGUACGUUUGCCUUACCGAGCUUCAGCAUUCUCGACACGGUACUUGGCGAUACUUGUCCCAGGACAUCAUUUUGUCAACCUCAUAAAUACAGAUCAACCGAUGGAUCUUGUAAUAACAUCCGACACGAGCUUUGGGGACGAGCUAGCACGGCUUUACAGAGAAUUCUUCCUCCGAAAUAUGGAGACGGUGUGAAUUCACCGAGAUCAAGAGCAGCCAAUGGGUCGCCGUUGCCAAGUGCAAGACAAGUGAGUGUCACGUUUACUCAAGACGUGGAUUCGCCGUCCGAAAAUUACACAAUGCUAUUAAUGCAAUGGGGACAAUUCCUAGACCACGACACAACGCACACACCCAUAAGCAGAGGUCAAAUGGGUAGUGGGAUAUCGUGUUGCAGGAACGGACGAGAAAUAGAAAGUUCUCUACGCCACCCGGAUUGUUUCCAGAUAGAAAUCCCCCGUAACGAUCAUAUGUUCGCGCCUUUUGGCGAGAGGUGCAUGGAGUUCGUCAGAUCACUGCCGGCGCCACGUCCCGAAUGCAAUUUCGGACCUAGGGAACAGAUGAAUCAAAUCACCGCUUACCUUGAUGGAUCUAAUAUUUAUGGGUCUUCGCUGGCCACUCAACAAAGCCUCCGAACGUUCCGAGGUGGUAUGCUGCAAUCGCAAAAUAUCAGAGGAAAACAGCUUUUGCCGGGAAAUCCUUCCGAGUGUUCCGACGAUACGGGCAGAUCUGCAUGUUUUAGAGCAGGCGACGGGCGUGUAAACGAACAGAUAGAUUUAGCUCUAUUGCACACCAUUUGGCUGCGUGAGCAUAAUCGUAUCGCUUUCGAGUUGUCCCGACUAAAUCCUCGUUGGAGUGACGAAGCAAUAUUCCAAGAAACGCGGAGAAUAGUUAUUGCUCAGAUACAACACAUAACCUAUAAUGAAUUUUUACCAAUUGUUUUAGGAAGAAGUUAUAUGUCCAAGUUUGGGCUAUCUCCAGCAGAGAGUGGAUGGACAAGGAAUUACGAUCCAGAUUUAAAUGCUGGAAUAACUAAUGCUUUUGCGGCAGCUGCUUACCGAUUCGGUCACACACUUAUACAAGGAAAUAUCCAUGGUUAUGGAAAAUUUGGUAACAUCAGAGAAAAUCUUGUACUCAGUAAACAGCACUUUGCACCAUUUAAUUUGUACAAAGAAGGAGCUUUAGAUGACUUUAUCAGAGGAAUAUCUUUCCAAAGUUCUCAAAAUUUUGAUAGAUUCUUUACUAGAGAAAUCACUGACCAUUUAUUCCAAGGUAAUCUAAAUUUUGGACUUGACCUAGUAGCAUUAAAUGUACAAAGAGGACGUGACCAUGGUUUACCACCCUACAAUGAAUGGCGACAAGUAUGUGGGUAUGAAAAAGCAAGGAACUGGAACGAUUUAGAAGAAUAUAUGGAACCACAAACUAUUGUUAGACUUGCACGAUUGUACAAUUCGGUUGAUGAAAUAGACUUGUAUAUUGGAGGAGUUUCAGAAAAACCGUUGAAAGAUGCUCUAGUAGGCCCAACUUUUGUGUGCAUCAUUGGAGAUCAAUUCUCUAGACUUAGACGUGGUGACAGAUUUUUCUACGAAGAAGGCGGUCAUCCGUCUUCUUUUGAUCAAGUUCAGCUACAAGAACUCAGAAAGAGUAGUUUGGCAAGAUUAUUGUGUGAUAAUUCUGAUGAUAUGGCUCUCAUUCAACCAUUAGCUUUCUUAAAGCCAUCGUUUUUGAAUCAAAGGGUAGCUUGUGCAAGUUCUUCUAUACCAAAAGUGGAUUUAAGAGCAUGGGCUGGAGAAAGAACAGCAGUACCAUAAAUUUGAGACUGUAUUAACAUCCACCAUACCAAUCAAAUUAUAAAAAUGCUAUACAAAGAGGAGAAUAAAGAACAACAGGCAUUCGUGCAAUAUGUGAUCUACUUUAAGAUUUAAAAUAUAGCACGUAAACUACCACAUAUAUUAGAAUGUAAUAAUUAUAUGUAAUCUACAGUAAUGUAACACAUUUAAUUGAUUGUUAUGAUCAGUUUGAAAAAUUAAAACGAAUCGUCUACACUUAAUGCGGUCAUAUACUCAAAUGAUUAAAGCCUGGUACAAAUCAAUACAUAAAUCUGAUGAUUACAAAAUAUUUGUAAAGUGUAGGGUUAGAUUUAAAAAACUAGAAUUGCAGUGCUAUUGAAAAGUUUUAAAUUAA